AUGUCGAAAAGAAAUACAGUCCAAAUGCUUGAGGACGACACAGUCCCUCACGACUAUCUUCCAUCUUAUGAGACAGCAGUCAGCGAUAGUCUAAGGCAGCAUAGAACGAGUGUCAACUCCGAUGGCAGAAUUGACGUAAAUCUCGACUCCCGCCUCGCUACAACACUCGCUCGCUUCGUUCCCGAUUUCAAAGACCCCUCCAUCGCCGCAGCAACAGCAGCCCAGGGCCCUCCACCAGAAUAUGUCGAGGCUGCGGCGCGAUUCGCGGACAAGAAGAACUUCCCCGUCAAGCUCAACAUUGUCAUUCAAGUCGUCGGCAGUCGCGGCGAUGUCCAGCCCUUUAUCGCUCUCGGCAACGAGCUCCAGACCUACGGCCACAGAGUCCGCUUAGCUACACACGAUGUCUUCGAUUCCUUUGUGCGCAAAUCGAAUCUCGAGUUUUAUCCCAUCGGCGGCGACCCCUCCGAGCUCAUGGCCUACAUGGUCAAGAACCCCGGUUUGAUUCCCAGCCUGAACAGCUUGAAGGGCGGCGACAUCCAGAAGAAGCGCAAAAUGGUCAAAGAAAUGCUGGAAGGAUGUUGGAGGUCGUGCAUUGAGCCUGAUACACUGACGGGUAAACCGUUUGUGGCUGAUGCUAUCAUCGCGAACCCUCCGAGCUUCGCACACGUCCAUUGCGCCCAGGCUCUCAGUGUCCCCCUCCACUUGAUGUUCACUAUGCCAUGGAGCAGUACCAGAGCUUUUCCUCAUCCGCUAGCGAACCUUAAAUUUGGAGACAAGGGAGUUGUUGAUCAGACCACGGCCAACUUCGUCUCCUACAGCAUCGUAGAGUGGUUGACGUGGCAAGGAUUGGGAGAUGUGAUCAACGAGUGGCGUAAAACGAUCGACCUCGAGGAAGUCCCGUUCUCCGAAGGCCCAGUCCUGGCCGAGGUACAGAAGAUCCCGUUUACCUACUGCUGGUCGCCUGCACUGGUACCGAAACCAGAGGAUUGGCCUGCCUACAUUGAUGUAUGCGGCUUCUUCUUUCGCGAGCCACCUCAAUACGAGCCGCCCGCUGAACUGGCAAACUUCCUCAAGAAAGGACCAAUGCCUAUUUACAUCGGUUUCGGCAGUAUUGUCAUCGACAACCCAGAGAAAAUGACCCAGAUACUGGUCGAAGCGGUUAGAGCAACUGGCGUCCGCGCCAUCAUAUCCAAGGGAUGGAGUAACCUAGGAGGUAUCGAGUGUGACGAUGUGCUUUUCCUCGGAGACUGUCCACACGAGUGGCUGUUCGCAAACGUUGCGGCCGUCAUACACCACGGCGGCGCUGGAACUACAGCCUGCGGCCUUUUGAACGGCCGGCCCACGACCAUCGUACCCUUUUUCGGAGACCAGCCAUUCUGGGGUGAUAUGGUUGCCAUUGCGGGCGCAGGACCGAAACCGAUCCCACACAAACAGCUGAACGUGGAGAACUUGGCCGAUGCCAUCCAGUUUUGUCUUACACCUGAGGCAUUGACAGCAGCAGGUGAACUUGCGGCCAAAAUGAAGACGGAAAACGGCGUCGCGACUGCAGCACAGUCGUUCCACGCUAACCUUCCGCUGGAGGCUCUUCCAUGCGACAUCUUCCCGGACCAACCCGCAACUUGGGAGUACAAGAGAAGCAAAAAGCAUUUAAAAUUAUCGAAGAAGGCAGCUGGUAUCCUCUUGGAUCACUUGAAGAUUGGACAGAAGAACAUGUCACCGCACGACAUUAGAAGCUUCAUUAUAGAAAACAGGCGAUGGGAUCCGGUAACAGGCACCUCAUCAGCGCUCCUGGGCGUAGCAACCGGAAUGGUCAAAGGUGCCACAGAUAUUGUUGUUAAGCCGGCACAAAUAUUACACGAAAGAUCGAAGCUCAAGUCGGCUCAGAGGGACGACGGCUUGAGCAGUGGCAGUAAUACACCACCUCGAUCUCCCAGUCUCGCACCACCGCAGUCCGACGAACUACAGAGGCCGCGCAGUGCGGGCCAUGAUGCGGGCAGCACGGCGGGGGCAGUAUUCAAGGCAUCUGCUUCCGGCGUAGGUGGUUUCUUCAAGUCGUACGGCAAAUUCUUCCUCGACGUUCCAUUGGCCGUUACAGACGGUUUCCGUGCAGUUCCAAAGCUGUAUGGGGAGGAGGUGAAAGAGAGAGGUCCAAUCACCGACUGGAAAUCCGGAGCUGUCGCCGGUGGAAAGAACUUCGUGAUGGGCAUUGGUGAAGGCGUAACUGAUCUCUUUUACCAGCCCAUCAAGGGCGGACGAGAGGGUGGAGCAGCAGGAGCUGCGCUCGGUGUGGGAAAGGGCAUCAUUGGCAUGGGGACCAAAACAAUAUCCGCUGGCGUCGGAAUUGUGGCAUAUCCUGGCCAAGGAAUUUACAAGACCAUCCGGACCGCAGUCAAGUCCAAGACCCGGCGUAGCAUUGCCAAUGCUCGAUUAAUAGAAGGCGAGUAUCUUGCUCGUAAUAAUCGGCUUGACGUUCAGGCUGUACUGAAACGAUUUGAUGACUUGUGUCUUCAGAGCGAGCUGUCAAAAAAGGAUCAGGAGAAGGCAGACAGGGCGAACUCAUAG